GUUUAUAAGGCGAAAUGAAGGACUUUGAAUAGCCAGUUUGUGCUGCCAUAAAGUGCCAGCCUGAGGGCAUUAAUGUAAGUUGUGACACCCGGAGGCAAGUGAGUCUUUUAUUUUUAUUUUAAAUUUUUUUUUUAGGGGCCAGUCAAGUCACAGACUGAUGGCGGGCGUUAAUGUAGAGCCUUAAUACUCUCUGUGACAACAGAAUUAAGGACAGAAUCGCAAAAUUAAGAAAAAAAAAAAAAAAAAGCUAUAAGAGUUAUUCCCUAUGUUAAAAGUCAGUGCUAAAACCUAACUUGAGAUGCUGAAAAUAUGACUGUGUGUAAGUUUACAACCGAGCUGUAGCCAUAAAAACACCACGUGAAUACAUUAAAUAAUAAUUCCCCGGUGGCUUAGGCCCCCUUUAGGGAAAAGACUGCACUCAAGAUAAGACUUCAUAAAGAACUGAUUCAACCACAUCUUGCGUCGGACAAUCAUCUGCGAUCGCGCAGGAGAAGAGGCUCUUAAAAUGCACCGCGGGGAUCUGAUCGGCCGUGGGGAAUCGUCCCGCUGACCGUGGGACGAGUUAUCGAAACGUAGGCUACAGGUGCACCAGAGAACCCAUGGAGCCCGUCUCGGCCCGCGACUACAGGAGCCUGUAGGGGCCAAAACCAGGAGCACGCUCACCAGAGAACCCACGCGAAUGCAAUGGAGGAGGACAUCGAUGUCCCGUCCCACACCGAGGGCCUUAAUGGUUUGUCCCGUGAAUGUAAACCAGUAGAUGACAUCACCAAUGGACACUCCAACCACAAGCCUCUGAUGAACGGACUGAUAGUCAGUCAUAACGUCAGAGACCCCCCCAACGGGAGCACGCCUCUCACAUCCCUGCCGAUUUCGGCGCUGAAGCAGAACGGUCUCCUGCAGACGCUGGCAGCCGGAGGAGACCAGCUGCAGCCUGCAGAGGAGAAUGUGGAGUUGGAAAAGGCCAGAGAGGAGUGGGAGGCUCUGGAGAACGUCCAACCAGCUCUCUGUGAGGACUCAAACCCGACCCCGAUCAUCUCCUUCAACGAAGCGCUGCAGUUCUUCCAGACCACAGACCUCGGGGACUUGCUGAAGAACAUUCAGCCGACCAUUCGCAGGACGGGUCUGGCAGCGAUCACGCACUUCCUGUUCGGACCGCCGCGGCUGCACAGGGAGCUCAUGCAGGAGAGGGACCUGGUCUUCGCCAUCGCACAGUGCCAUGUGGACAACAGCCAAACGGUCCACAUGCGUGUCCUCCAGACCAUCUAUAAGCGGCUGAUUGGCAGCAGGCUGGACUGUCCUCGCUUCGGGGCACACUGGGAAAACAUUGGCUUUCAGGGUACAGACCCGGCCACUGACCUGCGCGGCACUGGGUUCCUGGGACUGAUGCACACGUUGUACUUUGUGAUGGACCCGGAGACUCUGCCGCUGGCUCGAGACAUCUACAAGUUAUCACAGCACCCCACGCAGAACUUUCCAUUCAGCGUGAUGUCCAUCAACAUGACGCGCAUCGCUCUGCAGGUCCUCCGAGAGGAAGCCUUGUCCAAGGAGUGUAACCGCCGCCAGCAGGUGGUUGGGGUCCUGAAUGAGUUCUACGUUGCCACGUACCUGCACCUGUACCAGCUGUGGAAGACCCAGCAGAAGACCAUCGUGGACUCCGGCUUUGUGCUAAAAGAAGUGGAGCUGUUUGCCAAAAAGAACCCCAAGCAGAUGCUGCGUCGUCUCGAGGUCUUCCUGAAAGAGAGGCGGUGUGGCGGGAUCCCCCGCGGGACAUCGCCAGACCCUCAGGCCCAGCAGGGGUCUCCUAGCCUGGGGGGCCGCGCCGGGACAGGCCUGGGGGGCCGCGCCGGGAAGGAGAUGCACUUCACAGGGGUGUGUGAUCUGCCACCAGACAUGGAGGGAGAGGCCAGACUCAUCUAAGCUAGACUCUGUGUGUGUGUGUGUGUGUGUGUGUGUGUGUGUGUGUGUGUGUGUG